AUGACACGUCGAAGCUCUGCCGAAACACAGACAGGGGCGGGCGGAAGUGCGAUAGAAGGUGCGAGAAGUAAUCGCAGUCGGGGAUCAUCACUCCACCUUCAAAGAUGGAUGACUCAGCUACCAGAAGCUGAGGAACUGGAUCCUCCUGAACCUGAUAUGGAAAUGUGGAGCGUCGAAGAGCUUAGAAAGAGGUCAAAAGAGCUGAAUCUUUUAGAAGUAGCUGAUAUUGUAGAAAGCAAUGUAGAAAACAAAGAAAGUGCCGUAGUUAAUAAUGUUGAAAAGAAGGAAAGCGAUAGAAGUCCAUCAAAAAGCAGCAAUUCUGGAAGUCAGAUAACAGUUCGGACCAGUCCAGUUGUAGUAGACACUAUUCCUGUAUGUCGGCAGUGCCAUAAAAAGUGUUUAUCAAAACCAAAUAGUCCAUUAGUUUCUCAAAAAGAACCAACAGUACCUCCUAAACCUAAGCCAGAAACCUCGCCUCAAAAUUCUGCCUCAGUUAAAAGUACUCCUAGUAUUUGUAGAGCAAACUGUGGUAACCGUAAACAAAAACAUUUCACUCGCUUAGAACGUAAAGGUGCUAUAAGGAUACGACCUGAAGAUGGUCCAAAAGCUGCCAUUAAAGUAAUAGAUUCUAUCGAACAAAGUCAAAGAAUGCUCAAAUCUAAAUCUUAUGAUCUAAAAACAGACCCCACCGGCUUAAACAGAAGUAUAACAAGAAGUAAUACUAAGAGUCAUUUGGAAUUGAGAAAAGAGAAUUCAAUUAGAUCACCUAGCCCCACUUCUAGUAGUAGGAAUAGUCCUUUAUCCACUAGUCACACAACGUGUAGCUCCAUGGUAUUUAACUCUAGCUCAAAUGAUUUAAGAACAUCUAGCUCAAAUAUAGCUAACCAAGUCCAGUGCGUUAUAGCUCAAGAGAAGUAUUUGAAUGAAAUAAAAUGUGUUGAAAGUAUCGUGCUAUCGAAACCAAAAACAUCGUCGUAUCCAUCGCCAGCGACUAUAAGAAAAGAAGAGCGAACAAGACAAAAGGCUGAAACUGUUUUAAAUAAAGUAUUAGGUAUGAACAUAAUAACAAAACGAGAAAACGUUGGAACAUGUUUGAAAACGUCGUCAGUAUUCUUAGAUGAUGAUUCAAUACAUGAAGAUGACAAUGACUUUAGGAUAGAAAGAGGUAUGAGAAGAUCACCAAGAAUGGGUAUAUCAGCCGUUAACCAAAUGAAUGGGGACAUUAACAAGAAAAACGAAGGCAUAGAAGAUGUAAAUGCGAAUACGAAUGAUGUGUUAUCAGAUGAAGAUUCUGAGUUGGGUCCACUUAUGUUAAUGGGGCUAUCAGCUAUCAAUCCUGCAGCCCAUCUUAUGAGAGUAGAACCUUUUAAAAGAACACAUUUUGAACAUAUAGGUGUCAGCGCUCUUAAAACUAAUUCAAGGCCAGGUAGUUUAGGUUCUAUCAAAUCUGAGUCACCUGUACCAAAUAUAGCGGUAGUUCCACCGACGCCUGAUUAUAAUACGACAAAUAAGACUGAUGAUCUUGUAGAUGAAUCUCCAGAUUCCCCUGAUGUUCCAGAUGAUUUACCUUAUAUUUCUUUAAAACGAUAUGGUACUAUGUCAAGUCUAGAAAGGCUACCAUCGGAUGAGACUGAUGAUGGUAAUAUAAGACUGACCACCCAAGAGCCAGACAAUUCUAAGACCUAUAGUUCAGUAACUAGCGCGGCCGGAGGCAUUAUGGGUUGGACUGCAAGAGCUGGCUCCUUUGUUGUUGAAAAAAUGAAUAUAUUCAGUCACACAGAGAGCGUGCCAAAUACUUCUAUAGCACAUAAACAGCCUUCUUUCUUAGAACGUAUUGCGAACAUAAUAAUUCAUGUUUCUCCUUAUAAACUAGGUGGAAAACAUCACAAAAGGAAAAGAAACGCUGAGUGCCUUGGAGUGGGAGAUUGGAAGUCUGCGCUGGGUACAGAAGAUGGAACAGUAGAAACAGGAGAAGGAAGUGGGGCAAGUGGUGAAGAUGCUUGGGGUACACCCUCAUCGGGUGACCUUUCAGACAACCUCCCUGAUUCUGAACACGGAACCCUUUCUUCACCAACAAAGUCGUCAUCUUCAUAUGCUGGUGAUGACGAUACAGAACUCAUGAUGGAUGAACUUCUGAUGGCACCUACAAUCACUGGACCUACUACCUUAAGACCACUUCUUCCUAGGGACGUAUUUAGAAGAAGGUUAGAGCCUCUCUUAGAAGAAGAUGGUUCUGACAGUGGAAGUGAAGACAACAAACCUACCCCAACUAACUCUGACGACCAGGGCAGCGAGCGUGGCCUCGAUGCUGACGACUGCUGCGGCGCGCACCAGCCGCCCUCUGCUUCAGAGCCAGAAGCAGAGGACGGUGUGUGCGGCGCGGAACACACGUGGCAUGGAGAGGGACGCGCUGGUGGCGCCGCGUGCGAGCUGAGUCCCGACCGGACUCCCACCAACGAGGCACCUUCGAUGCCCUUACAAUCUGUUUCAAAAGAGUGUGCGGAGCGAGCAUCUGUUGGCGGCGGUCGGCGGGGCUCAGCCAGUUCAGCCAGCACGCCCUCCACACUCGAACGCACCACCAUCCACAACCCCACACCCCUACAUCAGCUGUCACCAGCUUCGGAGCCACCACCAGUACAAGAGUGUUCACCCGAGGGGAGGUCCCUGGAGCGGCUCAGCCCGCGCGCGGAGAUGCGCCUCGCGCUCGACCAGGGGAAGGACAUGUUGGCGGAGCAGGAGCAGGUGGCAUGGGGUGGCGCGCGCGACCACUGGUCGUUUCGCGCGGCGUGCCAGCGGUCGCUGGUGCGGCGCGUGGCGAGCGCGGACGCGGUCACGCUGUGUCGCACCGCCCCGCAUACUACUUCGCGCAGUUCUGUAUAUGCUUGGAAAGCUCCAGAAACAGAAGCGAAACUUAUGGAGAUGGAGCAACUGGCACGAGCGGAAGCUCAGACGAUGCGUUCGCGGACGCGCUCUCAAUGCCAGAACGGGAAGAUAUUGGGGUUCCUUCGUCGUCGAGCGUCGUCCGAUAGCCCGCGCCGCGAGCCCUUCGUACUGAACGCGCGGCCCUUCUCUCCGCGCCGUAGCUCUGAGAAACAUUUCGAGAAACGAUUCUGGAAACAAGUGACCAGAAGACGUCAAUCACUCGGCUCCAUCAGCCAAAUA